AUGCUACCCGAAGCGGGCCGACCUCCUCGGACUCGAAAUCCCAUCAUCUUCGCAGGAUACCGAGAAAAAACUGUACAUCCAUCAAUGCGGGUGACGCUAGCUAUGCUUUUAUCGACAAGCCGGACGGCCUCUCAGAUAUCCAAAAUAAAUAACAAGCGCCGAACAUCUUCCACUGCUUCUCUCUGCCGCUGCUCCGACGCGCUUGGGCUGCCCUGCUACAAUCCAGUGUCUUGGACUGUUCCACUUCAGUGCUUUGAGGUGCUCGAAGUGCCUGACUGGCGGGUUACAAAUGCCACGAAGGAGAGCUCAGCGCCUCGGAAUUACGACACUAAAAUUCGCACAACCGCUCCUAUUAGGUACGAUUCCCUGGAACAGAACGGGCUCGUGCCUUGUGCAAGAACACUCUCUACAGCUUCCAAGCCCCUCUUAUUUGCGUUUGACUGCACAAGACACGUUCCUGCCUAUGUAGGCCGCCAGCAUGCCUGCUUCGAGCGACGAUCGGAGAAGACGAGCCAAAUCUCGCUAGUGGAGUGCCGACUACGAAGUGCUGAAGUCGUUAUGACCUGUGUGAAUUCCCGGAACAUGCAGGCGUUCUGUGGUAUCACCCAGUUCUAUACAGUGACCGGACGUCCACUUCCUUUCGUCCACUCCAAGCCCGUUCUCUCCCCUUACCCACCAUAUUUACAUCGUGUCCUCACGAUCAACCUCCUUGUGCCCGGUUCUCGUGCAGUUUUAGUGCCCCUAAUUCGAAAUAGCGCACAUCCCACUGACAUUUCUUCCCUGAUUCGCGAAGCGUACGUAGCCAUAUGCAGGCGAACCGCGAGCUUCGUUGUUGUUCGAGUUCUUGUCCGCCGCCAUUUUGGAGCCGCACUAGACACGCGUGUGAGGCGCGAAGAAGCGGCGGAGCUAAAGUUGUGCAGUCCUUUUUUAUCUGCGACACUCACGCCGGCUAGAAGGCAACUCUAUUAUCCAUAG